UUUUACAAACGAAUGAAGUGACAUGCAGACGUAAACACAGAAAAUCUGAAAUUAAGAAAGUUAAUUUAAAUUUUGAUCUACACAAUAGAAUAUUUCUUAAUUUACCAACUGAGAUAGAGUUGAGAAUUAAGUAUGCCUGUUUCCACUAAAAAUCGGUUUCUGCUAUUGUAUGGUUCCCAGACAGGACAGGCUAAAGCUAUAUCAGAGGAGAUUGCUGAAAACGCAGAGAAAUUUAAUCUUACAGCUGACCUACAUUGCCUGAGUCAGACAGAAAAGAAAUUUAAUAUUGAACGAGAACAUUGUGUGGUCAUAGUUACAUCUACAACAGGGGAUGGAGAGCCACCAGACACAGCACACAAAUUUGUUAGACGUCUCAAGAAGAAGACACUCCCUUCAAAUCAUUUAGAGAAUCUCAACUAUGCACUUUUAGGUCUUGGUGAUUCUAACUACACUAACUUCUGUAAAAAUGGUAAAACAAUAGAUAGACGAUUGGAACAACUUGGUGCUAAAAGAUUUUAUGAAUCUGGUUGGGCAGAUGAUGCUGUAGGACUUGAAAUAGCUGCAGAACCAUGGAUGGAGGGUUUAUUUCCAGCUAUUCAGAAAUUUCUGUCUGUUGAUAUUAAUACAACAUGUUAUGACAGCACAGAGACCAGUUGUAGAACAAAUCAGUCUGAAUCAAAUGAAAAUGGACAUAGCUUACAUGAAACUAGGAUAAAUCAAAUGGAAAAUGGACAUGAUAAAGGAGAUAGUCAGGAAAAUAGACUUGAAUCCAAAAGCAUGCCAGGAUUACAUUCAGAUGAAAGCAGUCCAGCUUUACUGAGUCCUAAUGGAAUAACAAAACCAGUCUUUUCUUUAGAUAGUAAUUGUGAUAAAACAUCAGAAGUGACUUCAUCGAAACUUAAUUCUAUCACAAAUGUCGACAAUUUAUCUUCUAGUAAUUUAGGUAAAAGUGACAGAAACACUGGUACAGAUAAUAUUGAUAGUAACACACAUAUCAAUAAAACUGAUAGUAGCACACUUAUAACAAAAUCCAAAUUAAAUUUAAAUCAAAAUGAAUUACAAACAUUGGAUAAAGAAGGAGGAUGUCAGCCAUCGUUAACAACUUCUCUACCUCCUUUGUCGGAGAGUUCAGUGUCAGUACCAGUAUUGUCAGCUGCAUAUCUAAAACUUGAAUACUUGAAUGAUGAAACUGUAAAUCUGAAUGAAAUUCCACUACAAAAUGGCUGUCCUAUGCCGUCUGCAUCUAGUGAAAUAACCAUGGCCAGAGUUACAUCAUCAUCAGUAUUGACAAAGGAAGAGGCAGUUAAGAAAACAUUAUGUUUAAGACUCAAUACACAGAAAAAAAUUAUGGAAUAUUUACCAGGUGAUAGUAUAUCAGUUGUAGUAGAAAAUGAUGAGAAUGAGGUUGAAGCCUUGCUUAAAAGGCUUAGUGUUUUGAAAUGUGUUGAUACAACAUGUUCUUUAACUGUGAUAGAAGGAACAAAGAAGAAGAAUGCUUCAGUGCCCUCACAUAUACCACCAUUGUGUACACUAAGGCAUAUCUUUACUACAUGUAUAGAUUUAAGAGAACCUCCAAAAAAGGCCUUAUUUAGAGCAUUAGUUGAAUACACAUCAGAUCAAGGUCAGAAGAGAAGGAUACAAGAAUUAUGUAGUAAACAAGGAGCUGCUGACUACACCCAGUUUGUAAGGCAGCCAUCUUUGUCUUUGAUGGACAUCUUAAAUGCCUUCCCAUCAUGCAUUCCUCCUGUGGAACGACUUCUUGAACAUCUGCCUAGAUUACAGCCAAGACCUUAUUCUGUGUGCAGUUCUCCUUUGGUGAACCCAGGGAUUAUUGAGAUUGUGUUCAAUGUUGUCCAGAUACCAGUGGGAGAAGGCAGGUCCUACCACAAGAAUGGUAUAUGUACUGGUAUGUUAGAUAGAAUAACAAAGAAUGUACAGACCAAGGAGGUCGCAUGGGAAAAUAGCGCUGACAAUCUGUCAAAUACUCUAGAGAAACUUGAUAUCAAUGACAAAAUACAGGUUCCAAUAUUCACCAGAACAAACCAGUAUUUCCACAUGUCAGACGAUCUCAGCAUACCUAUAAUUAUGGUAGGACCAGGAACAGGUGUGGCUCCAUUUGUUGGCUUCUUACGACACAGACAGGCUCUAAAGACAGAUAUGUCAGAUCCAGAAUUGUAUGGGAACACAUGGUUAUUUUAUGGAUGUAGACAUGAGAAAAGAGACUAUAUUUAUAGGAAAGAACUUGAAGAUUUCCUGUCCACUGGUAUAUUAUCGCAUCUUUGUGUUUGUUUCUCUCGUGAUAAUCAACUACAGAAAUCGCCACAAUAUGUACAGGAUAACAUAAGGAAUAACUCUACAGAGUUAUCUACCUUGAUAAUGGAGAAAAAUGCCACAGUGUUUGUUUGUGGAGAUGCCAAAAACAUGGCCAAAGAUGUGAAUGAAGCUUUUAUCUCAGUUAUACAGUCAUAUAAAGGAUGUACAGCAGAAGAAGCUAAGAGAGAACUUAUGAAAAUGAGACUGCACAAGAGAUAUUUGGAAGAUGUCUGGACUUAAAUUGUGUAGAAUUGGCUGUGUUUAAAUAAAACGCAUAGAUCUGGAACUUAACAGCUAACAAAAUAAUGUUAUUGAUGCUGCAUAGUGGGUUAUUUUAUAUAUAUUGGUAUAAAACUUUAUUGCAUAAUCUGAAUGGGAUAAAUUUAUGUAUAUUUGAUGAAGUGCUUUUGGCUGAAACUCUAAACUAUGGUACAAUUAUAGCCUGUUAAUCAAUAACCCACUUUAUUGUAUUUGAGAUUAAAGGGGUGAAUUUUUUCAAUAUUCCAAAUGUUAACCUAAAUUUUCCUCACAUUCUUAUCACUAUGUUACAUUUUAAUUACAAAAUCAUGUAAAGAAAUCAGUGCAGUCAUGUAUCAUGAUUGCAUAUCAUUUAAUAAAAUUAUUGAACAAUUA